GCGGAAGAACCGUCACGCACCCCAACCGCGAGUGUGAUGAUGAAGUGCGUUUGCGCGUUCAAAAACGAUGCAGAGUCGUUUCGUUUCGUCUACCGUCUCGUGGUAGACACUUUGAAAUUGACUAGCUACAGUACUUUUCUCUCAUGAAGUCGGCGCAAAUCUACUUGUUGUAUCGCUAAUGUGGUGCAGAAAUGCACAUUUAUCCUGCCUGUCUACCUUGGCCACGGCAAACGGGACAACAUCGGCUUUCCGAACACGUAGUUGCAGCGUUGUUUUUACACUUGCUUUCAGGUCGCUGCCUUCCCUGAAGAGUAUCCGAACUACCCGCAAAUGCCUCAAGUAUUGCUACCGCUGCCCUACUGAGGUGAUGCAUCAUCAUGCUAGUGACCUCCCACCAAGGAUACAAGAAAUCCUACGAAGGGUGUUGAAGGUUCUGAUUUCCACAAUAUCAAUAACAGACGUAUAUUCAGGCUGCCCUUUCUGGGAUUGGGUUGGGUUGGGCCUGACAUAUGGUUCCACCAUGGUGGUCAUUUCUCAGUGUUUCUCCAAAAGGCGCACAUUGGUGAUGUCUUCGUCGCGUCUGGUGCACCCUGGGUACUAUUAUUCAAGAUGGUGAGAGCAAAAAACUCUCCCGGUUUCGUCGCUAUCUGAAUCUCCGGAGCCGCAAGCCAUCUGAAUGAAUGCCAUCAACCCUGGGCUCAGAAUCCAGAACUACUAGUAACCAUCUUUAUUUC